CCCUUUCCUUUUUUUAGGGUUAGGGUUCCACUCUUCCCCUCUCCUCUCUUUUAAAGGACUCGCACACCCUCCUUAUUUUCUCUCUCUUCCGCGCUUCACUUUCUCUUUGGAACUUCAGAUAUUCUCCGAGAGAAGAAGAAGAAGAUGAUGCAGCCAGGACCCGGAAUGCCUCCAACAAACAUGGGCCAGCAGCCACCACAGCAGUACCAACAGCAGCCGCCGCAGCAGCAACCGCCAUACAUGAUGAUGCCGCCUCAGCCUCAGGCGCCCCCACCCAUGUGGGCUCCUUCCGCCCAGGCGCCGCCUCAGCAGGUUGCUCAGCCGCAGCAAUCGGCUCAGCCCACCAGCGCCGACGAGGUCCGCACCCUCUGGAUCGGAGACUUGCAGUACUGGAUGGACGAGAACUACCUCUACAACUGCUUCGCUCACACCGGCGAGGUGACCUCAGUAAAGGUUAUCCGGAACAAGCAAACUGGUCAGUCUGAGGGUUAUGGUUUUAUCGAGUUUGGUAGCCGGGCCGGAGCUGAGAGGGUGCUCCAGUCAUAUAAUGGAGCGAUUAUGCCAAAUGGUGGACAGAGCUUCAGAUUGAACUGGGCUACUUUUAGUGCUGGUGAGAAGCGUCAUGAUGAUAGUCCAGAUCACACCAUAUUCGUUGGUGAUUUGGCUGCAGAUGUUACUGAUUACCUCCUUCAGGAGACAUUUAGGACUCGUUAUAGCUCGGUGAAGGGGGCAAAAGUUGUGAUUGAUAGGCUCACUGGCCGGACUAAGGGUUAUGGUUUUGUAAGAUUUGCGGAUGAAAGUGAACAAAUGAGGGCUAUGACUGAGAUGCAAGGGGUUCUUUGUUCGACUAGACCCAUGAGGAUUGGACCGGCCUCUAAUAAAAACCCUGCCACUCAGCAGAAAGCAUCUUAUCAGAAUCCUCAAGGUGCACAGAAUGAGAAUGAUCCAACUAAUACAACAAUUUUUGUGGGCAAUUUGGACCCCAACGUCACUGAUGAUCUUCUGAGACAAGUUUUUGGUCAGUACGGAGAGUUAGUUCAUGUGAAGAUUCCAACGGGCAAGCGAUGUGGGUUUGUCCAAUUUGCAGACAGGAGCUGUGCAGAAGAGGCACUAAGGGUUUUGAAUGGAUCCCAGUUGGGUGGACAAAAUGUACGGCUCUCAUGGGGCCGCAGUCCUUCAAACAAACAGUCUCAGCCGGAAACAAACCAGUGGAGUGGCGGGAGUGGUACCGGCGGGAGUGGCGGAUAUUAUGGAUACGCUCAAGGCUAUGAAAAUUAUGGUUAUGCUCCCACUGGACAGGACCCCAACAUGUAUGGCAGUUAUCCGGGGUAUCCUAACUACCAACCUCCGCAGCAACAGCAGCAAUUAGGAUAUAGUUGAGAAGUUACUACAUUUCUGUCAUCUACUAUUGUCAUGUUAUGAUACUUGUUGAGUUGUUUUAUCUAUCCUCGAGUCUCGUGGAAAUCUGUCUCUGCUCCUUUUUGCUUUCCCCUUUUAUGUUUCUCCCAAACGCUCAAACCCCCUUAUUGUAUGCAUAACGAGUUGUUUGCUCAGUACUUAUUUAAUGUUCAGAUAUGAUGCGUGUUUUCUUUUAAA